UUCUAGCGCGCUCUGCAGGACGGGAGAGACGAGCGCAGGAGCAGGAGGAGGAAGAGCAGGAGCAGGAGGAGGAAGAGCAGGAGGAGGAGGACGAGGAGGAGAGUGAAACUCGCACGUGGCAGAAGGACGCUGUUGACAGAGGGCAGCGGUACACCGCCACACAGCAAAGACUGCUCCUCGUAACUGUGGUGGGAUUCUCUCACACCCACACAGGUACACCACCACACAGCAGAGAUUGCUACUCGUAACUGUGAAGGGAUUUUCUCUCUAACACACACACAGGCACACCACCACACAGCGGAGACUGCUCCUCGUAAGUGUGGAGGGAUACGGGCCGGCCAUGCCUUCCUCGUCCAACUGCUAUCACAUGUCCACCGACAGCGAGGGCAUCGAGAAUCGCGACGAGCGUCAGCGCUCGCUGUCGCAGCUGUCGCGCGAGGAGCGUCGCCGACGCAGACGCGCGACUCAGAAGUAUCGGACGGCGCACGCGACGCGAGAGCGCGUCCGCGUCGAGGCGUUCAACGUCGCCUUCGCCGAACUGCGCAAGCUGCUGCCGACGCUGCCGCCGGACAAGAAGCUGUCGAAGAUCGAGAUACUGAGACUCGCCAUCUGCUACAUCUCCUAUCUGAAUCACGUGCUCGACGUGUGACGUCAGCGCGAGCCGCCAUGACAGGUGGUGACGUCAGUCAGUGGCGCAGCGCGCGCUUGUGUGCGUGCGUGCGUGAGUGCGCGCGUGCGUGCGUGACUGUGCAUGCGUGCGUGCGUGUGUGCCGUCGAGGACGGAUAGCCGGGAUGGAUAAUCAUGGCGGAAGCACAUUUUCGUCUGCGCAUCUCCCGCGAAUCAAACAUAUCAGCAGAGAUCUAGUCAACGCUCCCAAAGUGGGUAAUGCGAAAUGCAGACGCAGGAAGCUCUACAGAGCUGCAGCCCACGACUACCUUUAAGUCAUCGAGCGUAGUUUGGUAAAGCUGACGUCAAUAGUCGUAUCCGUGCAUCUGUGCAUUUAACUUGUUCUGCGAGAGUCAUCGUUGUUUUCUACAUAUUCUUACUCUUGCGAUACACA